GGCGUUGGCUGUUUGUUUUCAGGGCGGCCGCUGGGCUGGCACCCCGCGCGGGGAGAGUCCGUGGCCGACAGCCGGCGCCACGAUGGACAUUCUGAAGUCGGAGAUUCUGCGGAAGCGGCAGCUGGUGGAGGACAGGAACCUCUUGGGGGAAAAUAAAAAAUAUUUCAAGCGCAGCGAACUCACAAAAAAAGAAGAGGAAGCGUAUUUUGAAAGAUGUGGCUACAAGCCUAUAAGUGAGAAGCCAUCUGGAGAGAUACAGCCCAAAGAGGAGGACCAGAAACCGUUAACGUCAUCAAAUCCAGUCUUAGAACUUGAACUGGCAGAGGAAAAAUUACCCAUGACUCUUUCUAGGCAAGAGGUCAUCAGAAGAUUGAGAGAAAGAGGAGAGCCGAUCAGACUGUUUGGAGAAACGGAUUACGAUGCUUUCCAGCGUUUAAGAAAAAUAGAGAUUCUUACACCUGAAGUCAACAAGGGGCUGAGGAACGACCUGAAGGCCGCCCUGGAUAAGAUCGAUCAGCAGUACCUCAACGAACUGGUGGGCGGCCAGGAGCCCGGCGAGGAGGACACGCAGAAUGACCUGAAGGUGCACGAGGAGAACACCACCAUCGAGGAGCUGGAGGCACUGGGAGAGUCCUUAGGAAAAGGAGAUGACCAUAAGGACAUGGACAUCAUCACCAAGUUCCUGAAGUUUCUUCUAGGCGUUUGGGCUAAAGAGCUGAAUGGCCGCGAAGAUUAUGUGAAGCGCAGCGUGCAGGGCAAACUCAACAGCGCCACCCAGAAACAGACCGAGUCCUACCUCCGGCCUCUGUUCCGAAAGCUGCGUAAAAGGAAUCUCCCCGCUGACAUUAAAGAGUCAAUAACAGAUAUCAUCAAAUUCAUGCUGCAGAGGGAGUACGUGAAGGCCAAUGACGCCUACCUGCAGAUGGCCAUUGGCAAUGCCCCCUGGCCCAUUGGUGUCACCAUGGUUGGCAUCCAUGCUAGGACUGGACGAGAGAAGAUUUUCUCCAAACACGUUGCUCAUGUUUUAAAUGACGAGACACAGCGGAAAUACAUCCAGGGAUUGAAGAGGCUGAUGACCAUUUGCCAGAAGCACUUUCCUACCGACCCGUCCAAGUGCGUGGAAUACAAUGCUCUGUGACCUGCACUGCUGGUAGUAAGAACCCGAGAGCCAGCAGCAGGCCCAGUGUCGUGGGGGUGCAGGAGAAGGAGUGAGUGUGACCCCGAAUCCUGCUAACAUGGCUCCUGUGUUUAAGAACGAGGCUGGCUCUUAGCUCACCUGGCUUCUGACUGAUAGUAAGUUCACAGACUUUGCCCUGCGAGGACAGUGGACACAGAAGGAGUUUUCAAAUGACUUUCCCUCUCAGACCUGAAAGCUGAUGAAGUAACUCAAAAAAAAAAAAAAAAGAAAAAAGAAAAAGAAAAA